AAAAGCGCCGAGCGGCCGCCGGCACCGGCAGCGGCACCGAGCCCCGCACUGACCGGGUCUGACACCGAGCCCCGCACUGACCGCAUCUGACACCGACCCCCACCCCGGCGCCGGCACCGCCCGCGGAUUUGACACCGACCCCGACACCGUCCCCGGCCCGGCCGCAGGAUGCCAAACUGGGGAGGAGGGAAGAAGUGUGGGGUGUGCCAGAAGGCCGUGUACUUCGCUGAGGAGGUGCAGUGUGAAGGCAACAGCUUCCACAAGUCCUGCUUCUUGUGCAUGGUCUGUAAAAAGAAUUUGGACAGCACCACUGUGGCGGUGCAUGGUGAGGAGAUCUACUGCAAGUCCUGCUACGGGAAGAAGUACGGCCCCAAGGGCUACGGCUACGGGCAGGGAGCAGGGACCCUGAGCACCGACAAGGGCGAGUCCCUGGGAAUCAAAUAUGCAGAGGGCCAGCCCCACCGACCCCCCAACCCCAAUGCAGCCAGGAUGGCCCAGAAGGUGGGAGGAGCUGACGGGUGCCCCCGCUGUGGCCAGGCCGUGUACGCGGCCGAGAAGGUCAUCGGAGCUGGGAAGUCCUGGCACAAGUCCUGCUUCCGCUGUGCCAAGUGUGGCAAAAGCCUGGAGUCCACCACCCUGGCAGACAAAGAUGGGGAGAUCUACUGCAAAGGUUGUUACGCCAAGAACUUCGGUCCCAAGGGCUUUGGCUUUGGGCAGGGCGCCGGGGCACUGAUCCACUCCCAGUGAGCCCCAGGGCCGAGCCCUGCACUGGCCCGGGGCUCGUCCUGCGCUGCCCGCGCGCCCCACGCCGCAGCGAGUGCCCCACUGGCACCCCAGCCACCGCUGCUUCGCAGCACUCACCCCUCCUGCCCUGCCCUGCCCUGCCCCGCCCCUCCCCAGAGCUGGGGGCAUCCCAGCUUUGUCCCUGGGGGCUCCUGCCGGGGCGGGUGGCACAGGGGGGCCGCUCCCUCCCACUGCAGAGGGGUCCCGGUGCCCAAGCCCUGCUCUGCAUUGCCCGCCCCGCCUGCUCAGCCGUGACACCGAGCAAGCAAUAAAAGAUCAGAGACAUCAGAGCUCACCCGGGCCGGCCCUGCCACUGACUCGCUGUCUGGGGCUGAGGACUGUGUGCCCAGAGCUGGAGAAGUGUUUGCAGUCCUGGCUUGAAAUUAAAGCCCAAUGGCAGGAA